AUGGAACCUGGCGUGGUGGCGUGCAUAGGGCUGGGUGCCAUGGGCGGGCCGCUGGCCCACCGUCUGCUGGUGGAGGGCGCGACACGUGGUACGGUGCGCCGCAUGGUCUUGUGGGACCGCGUGACCGAGGCGGGCACCCAGCGCGCCGCAGAGUGGUCCAGCAAAGGGGCGGCGGCAGGGGUGGAGGUUACCUCCGUCGCCUCGCUCGAGGAGUUGGGCCGAGCGCAGCCGCAGUGGGUCGUGACCUGCCUGCCCACCUCUGCUGACGUGGCAUCCGUCGCCACAGCGCUCGCGCCCCACCUCGCCCCCUCCACCACUACUGUGUGGAUCGACUGCACCUCAGGCGACCCGCAGGCGACCCGCGCGCUGGCGAACCGGUUGGCCCAACGCGAGCCGGGCCACGGCCAAGUGGUGCUGGUCGACGCCGCACUCUCUGGCGGGCCGCGCGGGGCCGCAGCUGGCACGCUGACGGUGAUGGUGGGUGGCACCAAGGACAACGUCGCUCUGGUCACGCCCGUCAUCUCCACCUUCGCUCGCGAGAUCGUCCACGCUGGCGGCGUUGGGCAUGCGAUCAAGGCAGCCAAUAACCAGCUGACGGCCACGGGCAUCUGGAGCACGGGCGAGAUGCUGGUCACCCUGUCCAAGCUGGGCGUCGACCCCGCGGUCGCACUCGCGGCCAUCAACAAGUCCUCCGGCAGAAGUUGGGCGUCGAUGCAGCGCUUCCCGGACAAUAUCUUGACCCGGGGCUUCGACUACGGCUUCCGCCUGUCGCUCCUGCAGAAGGACAUCCGUACCGCGUGCAAGAUGGCCGCCGGCGUCGGGGCGUGGACGCCCCUGGCGCUGCGUGUGAAGGAGAUGUACGAAGCGGCGGGCAAUGCGCUUCCGGCGGAUGCGGACCACGUCGAGGCUGUCAAGCUGACGGAACAGCUCAGCCAUGCCACCCUCCUGCCCGCCUCGCCGGGUGCAAGCGAGGAUGACGCCCCGCGCUGUCCCGACCUGCGCGCGCUCGGCAUCGAGCUCGUCGUCUUCGACUGCGCUGGAACUGUCAUCGAUGAAGGUGCGUUGGUGUAUGAGAUCCUGCAGGGCACGAUGAAGUCGAAUGACCUCACGGUCACGUCGGAGGAGUUCGACAAGUGGCAUGGCACCAACAAGCGUGACGUCAUCGCCCACUUUGUCAACCGGCAGCACGCCCAGGCCGACCCGGCAGCCCGGGAGGCCAUGAUCCAGCGCAUGUUUGACCAGUUCAUGGCCGGCAUCGAGCAAGCCUACUUCGCCGACGACCAGGACAACGUGCGCGUGUUCCCCGGCGUGCUCGACGUCCUGCGUAAGCUGCGCGCUGCCGGCAUCAAAGUCGGGCUCAACACAGGCUAUCCGCGGGUGGUGGCGGAACGGCUGCUGACGAAGCUCAACCUGUGGCCGGAGGUCGACGAGCUGGUGGUGGCCGACGACGUGGGCUUCGGCCGACCCUACCCCUACAUGAUCCACCACCUCAUGCGCCGCUUCGCCCUCCUCGACGCCCGCCGCGUGGCCAAGGUGGGCGACACCGCCCGCGAUAUGCUCGAGGGCAAGAACGCCGGCUGCGGCCUCGUCAUCGGUGUGCUGAGCGGUGCUGAUGGAGUUGACACUCUCCUGGCGUCGGGCGCUGACGUGAUCCUCCCGGGAGUCGCCAACAUGGUGGUGGGCUGA